AUGCGUCGAAGCUUUUUUGAUCAGAAGACUAUUACAGCGAAUGAAGAGAAAAGUAAUUCAAAGACCGAAACAAAUGAAUCGCGUGUUAAAGAAGAGCCCGAAGACAGCGAAUCCAAUGCCAAUGAUUACCAUAAAAGCCAUGAAUCGCACGAACAGACAAUUAGCGCGCGAAGUGUCGAUGAAAUUCAUGUCAAACCCUCCGAAGACACGAAACCAAACGAAAAGACUUUUAACACAAACACUACUGAAGUGAACGAAACGACUGGAGAGACGAGUGAAUCAAUUGGUGGCCAACGAGUAGUGGACACGACUUCGGAGUCGAGUCUUAAGACCACAAAAUCCGUUGCCAUGACUGACGCGGAAGUGGUGGCCAACGACAUGGGUCUGUAUGCCUGCGAUCACCCCAACUGUUCGCGACUCAUCUUAGGCUACGAGCCAUUCCUGCGGCACAAGAGGUGCGGACCUCACGAGACACGCGACGGCCGAUAUCUAUGCGAUUACGACGGUUGCGGCGAAAGUUAUACGAGUCUACGGGUGCUGAGAGCGCACAAAGCGACGCACCUGUCGCCCGAUGGCUACCGGUGCUCGUGGGAGGGCUGCGCCGCCAAAUAUAUCACUCCUAAAGGUCUCGAGAAUCAUAUAAAACUAAAACACGGCUUACCGGUGGAGCACCGGUGCGAUCGGGAGGGCUGUUCGUAUCGGACGAGUGAUAAAAAGGCGUUAAUCGCACACCUGUUGACUCACGGGAGGGAACGGGAGUUCAAGUGCCCGGCCAAUGGGUGCGGUAAAGUGUUUGCGUCGCUAAACGGUUUGACUGAUCACGAGCUGGCCGUACAUCCCGGAGCGGACAUACAGUGGAUGGAGUGCUCGAAAAAGGACUGUCACUAUAAGACUAAGUCGGAGCGCUAUAUGCGGCGCCAUAAGCAACGGCACGUCAAGAGCUACCUGUGCUCUCAGUGCGGGAAGUGCUACGAAAGUCAAUACGUACUGCGACAGCAUGGGAGCACACAUAAUGAUGAGCUAAAGUACCGGUGCGAGUGGCCCGGGUGUGUGAAGUUUUUUGCGCAAAAUGUUUGCUUAAGAAAGCAUAUGAAUACACACACGCGUGAGGCUGUCUACCGGUGCCAAUGGCCGGGCUGUAAGAAGUCGUCCGUUUGGAGGGAAUGGGUGAGCGAUCACGAGAGGAGACACAGAGGUAUACCUGUGGGUCAGUAUAGGUGUCAUUGGCUUGAGUGUGAGUAUAGGACUACCGGUAAACCCACUCUCGAGAGACAUAUGAUUAGCACUCAUGGGAUGGUAGCCGACGACCAGUGCUCUGAAGUCGUGUCCAAACGUAAGACAAAUGAAUGCAAUCUUAUGGACAGACGUGUGAAGAGACCGAAGAAGUGA